CAAAGCGUUGUUGUCUGAAUCUGUUGAACGAAUGUAAACAAGUUUUUUUUAUAAAAUAAGUAUAUCGCAUGAAUCUAGAGCAACUAGCAGAAGUUUUUCAAUCAAAUUAGGUCAUCUCCGGCUACAAAGAAAUAAUAGACUAUAUCUAUAUAAUAGUGACAAAGAACCAUAGUUAGAAACAUCUGGAUAGAGAUGCGGGUCGUCCAUCAAUUUUUAGUAUGUUUAUUCAUUUAGGGUAUAUAGUAUUUUUUUAAUAAAAGAGUCGAUAUUAAAGGAUGACGUUUGUACCUGAAUAAAUAAAAUGCUUAUAAAAACAAAAGCGGGCUGAAGAGAAUAAGCAUCAGUGAGGAAUAGAAGAUCAAAAAAUUGUUAAAAUUGCACAAAUGGUCAAGUUGAAAUAUCCACGUUACAAUUGAUUAAUUAAUUAAUAAAAGGAGAAAGAUAAUAAAUAAAGAAGUUGUCUACGCGCCAUCUAUAGGUCUCUUACCUGAAAAUUAUUCAAGGUUCCAAAAUAAAUAGGAAGAAAGGCCAACCAAAUAAUACAGGUGGUAUACAUAGUAAAUCCUAUGAAUUUACUCUCGUUAAAAUUCUCGGGAAUUUUUCGUGUCUUUAUAGCAUAGACUGUACAAAUGAGAAUGAGUAGCAUAUUGUAUGUAAGCGAGAUGAGGAAAGAAGUCUCUUCGAUCCGGCACUUGAGUAUCACCUCAUUCUUUCUUCCACCCGGAUUAUAAUGCCUUAUCCCUGGAGGACUGACGAACAGCCAAACUCCUGCACACGCUAUCUGGAUGCCGAUAAGGAUUAAAGUGAUUAUCAGCUGGGAUUUUGGAGAUAUGAAUGGAGGUCUUUUAGCUGAUUUUGUGGCGCUAUCGAAGAUUCUCGAUAUUCUAUUGGUUUUUACAAGGAGUGACGAGUACAUGACUGCAAAAGCGAAGCCGACUCCAAACCUCCUUAUUGUGCAUAUAACGGCUGUAGGCUUAGCCAAGAGGAAGAAUGUCAUGAGGAAGUUACAGAUGAAACCGCCCAGGAGAACAAAACUGAGUUCCCUACCCGAUGCUUUAACAAUCGGAGUAUCAAUGUGUAAGAAGAAGGUGACGGCUACAAGGGAUGUUAAGGUAAUACCUAGGCAAGAGAUGGCAACUGGAACCAGGGAAUAUACAGACAGCCACCUCAUAUGUUGUACCCAUGAACGAAAGAAUACAUUGUUUGCGACCAAAAAAGCUAUUCGAUAUGUAAAGCGUAUCUAAGUGGAUAUUUAAAAGGAAUAAAUCAAAAAGAGAUACUUUUCCGGUGACAACUCAAAGGCAAAAAUCAUCUUUAAUGCAUACAAUUUAUUUAAUAAAUAAAUGAAAAGUGUAGUCUAAUUUUAUUCAUUUUCACGCUACUUAGAUCACGAUACAGGUGAGUGGACUACCGUGAAAUUCAUCAAUGGCAGUAUUUUAGAUUCUAUUCCUUGUUUUCUUUUCUUCUCAUUUUCUUUUCUCUAACCUUACUUUUUCUUUGUUUCUUUCUUUAUUUCUUUAUUCUCUAUUUGCUCUUUCUAUCAACUAUUUAUACUAGUCUGAACUGAGGGUAUCGAAUGAAAAAUGGGGAAAUUAAGGUAUUUAAAAAGUUAGUAAAAGAGAAAAAAAGCAAAGAUUGUAUGUAAUUUGCUGUUUUUAGAGAGACCCUUAGAAAAAUAGAUUACGUAUCUGUACAAUAUAUAUUCUUAGACGUAUAUGGAUAUUUGGAUAUACAGCAGUGUAGUUUUUCUUUUAGUCUCUUAUUUUCCAUAUAUAUAUUAGUAUAUAGAUAUAUACUCGAUUUAAUUCUAUUUUGUCAACUCAUCAACUAUGGCUAGGGUCGAGAGUUACAGUUACGAAAUGAAAGGUGGCGACAGUCUUCUAUGGAAGCCAAAUAAUUUACUUGUAAAGUCGCCAUAUGAAAGGAAAGAAAGGUGCAUCUUACUGUCUUUACUCCCUAUUUAUAAAUAAUUAGUUAUUGUUCUACAAAACGUUAAGUAUACAUAUAUACGUCUAUAUACUAUAUAUAGACGUUAGCGUUGAGGGAAGAGGGCUACAAAGAAAACAAAAAGCAAAA